AUGAUGACCUGGGUCGUUCCCAUGUGUCGCAACUUUGUUAUACAUUUGUACAACAAGUGUGCACAUCACUUCAACAAGAAGUUGUAUAACUUCCCAUCAGCUUCCAGAGCACCACCAGAGGCAUACUUUGCUCUUUGUUAUGCAGUUCCAGCACAUGUGGAUAGAUCGGCGUGCCGGUACUCAGUGUCAUGGACAGUCAACCGUGAAAGUGAUGCCACAGAAGACAUCAGCCCAGUGUUGGGUUCAUCUUUUGUGGAUGUUACAUUGCGAGUCUCUGUCCGUGGUGCUGCAGGUACCGUCACUGCCUGGGUUCCUACCAAUCUUCAUGGCUCCACAUGUGCUUAUAAUGGCAUACCCAAUAUCGGAACUGUUUUCACAUAUUCCCAGCGUGUCGCUGAUGCCUACUGUCAAAUUGAUGAGUUGGCACAGUGGAAAUUAUGUGGUGACGAAGAAGUAGUGGAGUUUGUGACCCCUGGUGAUGGCUCCUAUUCGUCAGCAUGUUUGUUUGUUUGA